CUAUCUGUGAGUACUCUUUGAUCUUUGUUGUCAAAGCAAAGUUUCUAACUUCUUUCUAACAUGUAAACAAAAGUAUAUGGAUUUAAAUACGCAAUGAAACUUCUAUACAUCAAUGGACCGUAGGUGUGUGUUCUCAAGUAAAUGACGGCGUUGGUGAGUAGUAGCUGUGCCGGUGCAGAUAAGCCAUAAAGUGAGGACUGAAUACAUACAAGCAUUUGCUUUCGACUGCGACCUGACGCUAUGAACAGCAGAUAUGAGCGGUGUAUUGACCAGGUGUAGAGUGAGCUCGGAGCAACUGGAUUUGCUUUUAUCGUUUAUGGAAGAGCACCGCGAUUUUGCAGCCGGCAAGCAGUCUAUUUAUUCUCGCUUCAGUUCGAGCAAGCUAUGGCGUCUGUUGGCCGAACGGCUUAAUGCAGCAGCGGCGGACACGGGAGGUGCUCGAAAAUCCCCAGAUAAAUGGUGCAGGUACUGGGCGGAUAUUAAGUACAAGGCCCGAAAGAAGUGUGCAGCAGGCGGAGCUCUGGGAGACCUCUCAAAUGCAGAAGAACGCCUGCAGAGCAUACUGGGCACGCGACCACCGGACUCAAGCGGACGCGGCGGCAGUAAUUCUGACGAGGAGCGUAAGCCGGUGCUCGAGGACGACAUGUACUCGGAGGGGUCGGGGGGUGCGGCGGGCGGAGACCCGCGUCUCGGCACCGAGGAGCUGCUGGCCGAGGCCGCCAUGAGGAGCGCCCUCGCCGCGGAGAAGCAGGCGGAGGCCGUCACGCAGGCGGUCGACCUGCUGCGCGACAUUGUGGCGCUCAUGCGAGAGCGGACAUAUGCUCCUGCGCACGCGCACGCGCACGCCGCGCACGCCGCGCACGCCUCGCACGCCGCCCCCGCGCACGUGGCGCACGCCGCGCAUCCCGCGCACGCCGCGCACGAGCACGGCAUGGUGAGCCUGCAGCAGCAGCACCACCCGCGCAUCUGACCUGACCCACUGUUUAAC